AUGAACUCAACGCAUCCAAUGCUGGCAAACAUUUUCCUUUCAUUGGCCCUCUUUGAUGUGAUCGUGGCGCUUUUGGCCAUCUACAUUGUCUCUUUCCAUUCACCGCCAAUUUUGAGAACCUUUCGAAUAGUUCAGCUAAAUAUUACGAUCUCGAUGACGUUUUUCGAGGUCUACGGUGGCAUCUUUGGUCCAAUCUUUGCCUACACCCAAACGGGUAUUUAUCUAGUCGGAUAUUUGAGAGUUGGAGUCAUCGGAACACACAUUUUCUUUAUAUUCUUCUACGUUCUCUUGUCGAUUCAAGGAGGUGCAAUCGGAUUGGCGUUUACAAUGAAAUUGUACUCGCUCGCGUCAACUUUUCACCGAAAAUUGAUGAAAGGGCUUUGUUUUGGGUGGCUGGUCGCAUAUUAUGGAAUGAUUCCCAUUUGUGCGACUCUUUUAUUUUCAGCGAUCGAUCAAAAGAUGAUUGAUACGUCGAAAGCAUUGUUAGCCGCAAAUCCCCUGGAUGUUCCCAUGGAAUGGAGGGACAGCGCAAUCAUCUAUGACAUGGCCGAUUCCCUCAUUUUAUCGGCGUCAAUCAUUUUCAAUCUCCAAUUUUCGAUCAUGGCGUUUUUGAUUUGUGUGGAGGUGAUGAUGAUCACUCUUCUCCUCCAUUUACCCCAACCAUCACUCUCCGCGAGAACGAUUCGAAUGCAGAAACAAACGUUUCGCAUCUUGGCUCUUCAAUUUCUUGUACUCAUUGGUGCUUACGGUACUUUCUAUAGUCUUUAUCUGUUAUCAAGAUGGUCUUUGCUGAUUGGAUGGAGUUGGGCGGCGAUCAUUCAGAGAAUUUUAUCCCCAUAUGGAAACCUUCUCUCAACAGCCCAUUCCGGUCUCACUUCAAUCGUCCUUCUCACCACAACAAACUCAUAUCGAAAGGCGUUAAUUGGGAUUUUUGUCGCCAAAAAGACGCCGACUCUCCGCACUCGUGCCAACUCAAUCUUCAUCGCUGAUAUGAUCAGAAGAACCUCCUCAAAAGCAGUCAUU